UGCUUCCACCGCUGGAAAGUGCCAGCGCCACCACGCCAACAGCAGCCUGUCGCCGCAUCAUGCCCCGAGCCAUCGUCCGUCCUUCGUUGUGUGACCGCUGUGUAACACACACACGUGUACCGCGCACAAAGCUUUGCAAGUUGCGUCUCCUGCUGUCUCCGUGGUGCCACACCAGCUACCGAGCAAUUCGACCACGACCACCUCGGCGUGACAGACCUCGAGUCUGCCUGGAAGCACAGAUCAGCUCGACACGCGAUCGACCCGAACGUGCGAGACAGAGAUAACAUAAGAGCGCGGGACCGGCCAGAACUACAUACUCCAAAUACCUUCUCUCAGCAGCAGGAGGGGCCAUAAUGAAGAUAGACUCGUACACUCACUUCGCCUGCCCGGCGUUCAUGGACCAUAUCGAAGCCGAGAGCGGACACCCGAUGGUAUUCCGGGGCCUGUUCUCGUCCAUCCCAGAGCUGUCGGAUGUUGACAUCCGAAUCAGGCAAGUCGUAUAUGGACGAACACGGCAUCGACGUCCACUGCCUCGUGCCGCUGCCAUGGCUGGAGUGCGAGCCCAGACUGCACGCCGACGAGACCAAGGCGCUCGAGGCUUGCAGGAUCGCCAAUGACGAGAUGGCGCGAGUGGUCGCCCGGUUCCCCGACCGUUUGAUCGGCGUCGCUCUCAUCCCCACCACAACGGAACAGGCCAUGAUUCAGGAGACCACUCGUGCGGUGAAGGAGCUCGGCAUGGCGGGUGUGGCCCUGUUCGUGGGUCCGACGGCGAAACCCCCAGACAUGACCUGCUUCGAGGGGUUGUACCGGACGUGCGAGGAGCUCGGGGCUGUCGUGUGGAUGCACCCGUGCAGACCUCAGUCCUACGCCGACUACGACGCGUAUAAGGGGGAGGGCAGCAAGCACCAAAUCUGGAAUACUUUCGGCUGGAUUUACGAUACGUCAGUGGCCAUGGUGCACAUUGCGUUGGCGGGAGUGUUCAGGAGAUAUCCAGGCCUCAAGGUAGUCACCCAUCACCACGGCGCCAUGGUGCCCUUCUUCACGGCACGGUUCGACACGCAGCGAAGAAAUUUCCAAGAAGUCGAAGGAGACGACCUCUUAGAAGACCUCCGACUUUUCUACUGCGACACUGCGACCUUUGGUGAAAGUGCGGCCAACAUCCAGCAGGCUAUCGACUUUUUUGGCAAGUCGCAAGUGUUGUUCGGGACCGACACGCCCAUGGACAUGGGGACGAGGGGUAUGUUCACGAGGACAACCAUCGCUUCCGUCGAGGCGCUAGGUGCCGCACCGGAGGACAAGGAGUCUUUUUACGCGGGGAAUGUCUUGGAUAUGCUCGGAGAGCGCUUCGCCGGCAUUGCCGGAGCUGGAGGAGCCGCCGCUGCUCGACCUAAAGCAGAUAGUACUCGCAUAGCUGCAAGCUUGUAGAUAACAAUCGUGGGGGUUGCUGACACCAGUUUCGAAUUGUUUUAGAGAAUCACUAGUCUUCGUCCUAAUGUGAUGUGCUCCACUCAUUUCGAUCUGUGAUGUGCUCCACACAUUUCGAUCUCGGAGAAGUCCGGCCUUUCGCCACCACCAAUCGGCGUGGUCUCCUGAGCUGUGUCUUUCAGCGGUGCAUCAGCACCAACUCUUGUUGGAUGUUCGUGUUCCAACAGAUUGAGAGUACGGAUUUCAUCGCUUUCGGAUGUGAAUAUUUUUCCUCUCGAUAGGAUCGUGAGGUGGGUAGUCCAUGUCACGGUGCAAUGUGGGUGCGUUGCGUACGACAGAGAAAGAGAGGGAGUGAUUGCCUAGAUUGUGGAAGUAGGCGAAACGCUCCCGGGUACCGACCGCAGGAACGCAUCGAAAUUCUCCCUUUUGGGAAAGAUCGUCCUUUCCUCUACGAUGGGCGAGGUUGCAUGCAUGCAUCGUCUAGUCAAGCCGUAAUCACCUGCUAAAUUUACUCCAUUUACGUGUAGCAGCAGGGUGUGGUUCACUCUCUGGCGGGAGCGAACAAUUUGGAAUUCAGACAUUGAUUUUGGUGGAUAGUGUUCUAAUCGUUGUGAGCACAGCAGUGAGAGAGAAAAGGGACUGCUGCAGAACCUUUAUCUCUUGAAAUAAUUGAGACACGCAGUUCAUGGGCGAGAAGGUGGAACGAAAAAGUACCGGUGUGGUCGUACAUUUUCCCAUACUGCUGUGGAGUUUGUGAC